AAGAAAACAACGUAUGCAAUGUUUCUUCGAUCGAAAAUCGAUGUCUCUUCUGGAAUUUAUCUUUGAAAAUUUAAUAAAAGAAAAAAAAGAGCAACGAAAAAAGAAAGGAAUAUUUAAAAAAGCUUCUUCAAUUUCAAGAAGAAAUGUAUCAGAGAGAAUAGAAAUCUAAUAUUUUAUUGUUAACUAAAACUCACAAAGCUUUCAUGAAAAUCCUUUUGAUAUUUUCGAAAUAUUUGGAUACUUUGUGAGAAUAUUAUACGAAGAAAGAUUAUACAGUUUCAGAUAUUGUAAGAUAGGAAACUAUUAGAUAGAGCAAGAAAGACAGAUCGGAAUAGAAUAUCCGAUUCUUCUUUGAGCUUGAAGUUACAAAGAUCUAUAUAACGUUCAAAUGAGACAUCUUGACAAUAUCUUGGAGAUGUAACAAAAAGUGUCUCAAGAAAUUGAAAGGGCGUAUGAAAAAGAGCAGAGAGACGAUUUCCGAUACUUCUUUAGAACUUUCGAAGAUGUUAGCUUCAUAUAGCUCACGUAUUCCUUUCAUAUUUUGAUAAUAUCUCAGAUAAUAUAUCGAAAAUACAGUAAAAAGUAGUCCCAGAAAUUGAAGAGGCACACACAAAAAUAUACAUAUACAUAUGUUUUUAAAUAAUUCGGAAAAAUAUUUCAGAAAUCGAGAAAUAAAAAAUACGUCUCGAUCUUCCUUCUCAGAAAGAUCUCAGAAAGACAGACGCCCUUCGACCCUCGUCGAAGAAACACAAGCGUCGUAAGUAGAUCCAUCGCUGCAUCUCUCCACGAGAAAAAGGAUCAACGUGGAAGAGUUUGUUCGUGAUAUUAUUCCCCCGUAGCUCGGUGUCCGACCAAGGCAAACAAUCUCGUCGAAAACUUUUCCCUUUCCCUGCUCCUUCCAACGCGCAUGCAUCGUCGAGCAGGAGCCAGGAAGAGCCCCUCCCUCGAAAGUCGAAGAAGAAACUUUUUUUUACAGCGAAAAUUCAUUCUUCCCUUGGUAACAGCAUCAAAUUCUGCUUAGAAACAGGUGGUUCUAACGCGGUUGGCGAAGCAACUUGUCGGCGAAGCAAAAUGGAGAGGAAAAAAAAGGGGGAAGGCGAUGGAAACGCGAUGUUCUCGGCUUCGUUUUUCCCCCUUUUCGCUCGAGAUCUCGAAGGGGGCACGCGGCAGCUUUCCAUUUAUUGGCGGAGUUUAAGCGAGGGAACGUUCUUCCGUUCGAAGUUGGGCAAGAACAUGACGAGCCGGAAAACACGGUGGAUAAUCCGUCUGGAAUUUCCUUGGAUGAAUGACGAACUUAUGACGAGCAGCUUGGAGAAAGUUUUUAGCAUCUCCUCGUCGUCUCCUCGCGGAGCCAAUACGUCUCGUCUCGAUGGAGGAUAUUGUGCUCGACUCUUGGAGGAAGUUGGCUGUUUCUCCCGAAGAGGAAAGAAGAAGUAUGGGAUUAAUUAAUAGCGAUCGAAGAAAUGAAAACUUGGAAAGAUUCAGAUCAGCAGCGAUGGAGAUCAGAAAGGUGUACGUGAAGACUCGUGCCGAAUUUGGCAAGCAAUGCAUCUUCAGUAUUCGGGAGCCGACAUUGGACGCCGAGAUAUCGCCCAAGCCGUCCGAGAUGAACGCCUUCAUCUUGAAGAGCGAGUGCGACGUAGGCGUGCAACAUUCUGCCCAAUUCGCAUUGCAUCAGAUUCAAACGGACGUGAAGAUGUCGAAGAACACGGGGAUGUUUCAUUUCGAGGGUGGAUGGCCGAAGGAUAUCAAUCCGAGGGACGAGGAGACCACGUCGAGAUUUCGCAGAAGGGUUGAGAAGGACGACAAUUGGGCACCGAAACUGCUUCCCAUGUUCGAGGUCAUGGAGCACGCUAUUCUUCAGAACGGCACAGUGAACAUUCAUCAGCAUUAUUUCGACGACAUGAUACCAACACCCUUGGCCCAGACCUACAGCUUCAGAACCGUGAACGUGUACAGAGAUCCAGAUAUACCAAGGAGGCCGGUGACGAAUAUUUCUUGGUCCGCUGAUACGUCGAACAGAUUGGCGGUAUCGUAUUGUUUCUUGACCUACGGGAGGGACGUAGAUUACAGUAAAACGGUGUACAUCUGGCACGUCGAGAAUCCCACCGAGCCUUACAUGGGCCUGGAGCCUUUCUCCCCGUGCGUCUGUUGCGAAUACAGUCCAAGGGAUCUCUCCAUUCUUGCCAGCAGUCAUAUAUCAGGCCAAGUCAACAGCUGGGACACCAGAACCGGGACCAAGCCUGUUCAAAGCUCUCAUCCGCGAUACAGUCACAGGGACAUAGCCAACAAGGUGAAAUGGAUACCGUCCAAGACCAACACGGAAUUUUUCUCCACGUCUUACGACGGUUGCGCGAUGUGGUGGGACACGCGUUCCCUGAAGCAACCCACCGAAGUUCUGAUACUCGAUCUCGAGGAUCCGAACCACCCUCAAAUAAACAGGGCGAUCGGCAUCUCGAGCGUCAACUACUUGGCGAUGGUAGGCACCAAGUUUAUGUUCGGCUUGGACAACGGUAUUAUCAUAUCCGGCUCGAGGAAAGCGAGAACGAGCGCGGAGAAGCUCGCGGUUAGGUUCGACGCGCACACCGAGUUGGUGAAGGCCGUCGAUCGAAGUACCUUCACACCGUCCCUGUUCCUGUCCGUGGGCGAUUGGAGGGUGCGGAUAUGGAUGGAAGACACGAGGGAAGAGGGCCUGAUUUCCACUCGUUUCCAGGUUCAUCCAACGGACGGGUGUUGGAGCAAGACCAGAUCCUCCUGUUUCUACAUAACGACCGACGACGGGAAGAUGAUAGUGUACGACAUUCUGCAAUCCAUUCGACAUCCGAUUUUUGAACUGCAGUUAAGCCACAAUAAGCUCAAUUGCAUCGUGCCUUCCGAAGAAGAGCCCGUUGUCGCUAUUGGAAGUUACACAGGAAAUGUGUACCUCGUCGAACCCGGUGAAUUCUUUACCACGUUCAGCAGAAGGGACAGGAGUUUCUUCUCGGAAUAUCUGGAGAGGUGUUCGAAACUGACAAAGGGGGUGGAUAUACGAUUAAAAGAAAUCAAAUUGAUGCUGGCGGUUAAAGAGGGGUACGAAGAGGAAGAGAAAAAGAAAUUGAAGGAAAAGGUUAAGAGGAAGGAGAGAGACACGAGGGUGACGCAGGAAAAGAACGCGAAAAUGAUCAAAGAGCGGGACAAGGUUACGAAGGACAGGAAAAGGAUACGGGACUCCGAUGCCCCGGAAAUUAUGGAAGCUGAAAGAAAAUACUUUGAAGCUGUGGAGAAAGAAAUGGAGCGGUAUGCGGACGAUGAUCCUGACAUCAUCCCGUUCGCCGUGUCGACGCAAGUGAAGAAAACUGACAAGAGGCGGAAACCGUCUGAACCGGUGAUCGAGGUCGAAGAAAAACCGGAAGUAUCGAAACGAGAGCUGUUGAAGUCUCGAAGGGAAAAGCCCCCAAAGAAGAUAGUGAAGAAGAAACCGGUGUCCAUAUCGAAAGAGCCUUCCAAAAUAACCGAUGUGAGGAUUAAGAAGGAGUUGGAGAAGAUAAUACCAGAGAAGUACGAGAGGAAGGUGGAGAAGGUGAAGCCGAAGACAGUGAAACUGAAAUUGCCGGAUCCUUGCAAGGACGUGAUUUGCAAGCCGAAAGUGUGCUGUUUGAAACGGGGGGUGAGGGUGAGAAGGAAAAAGAAAAUGAAGAAGAAGGAAUCCGAGGCUGCUAAACGGAAGCGUCAGAAGGAAAAGUUGAUUAUUAUGAAAAUGCAGGCACCGCCUAUGGAGCUCAAAGAAGAUGUGAUAAGAGCCAAGGAGGAGAUCAAAUUGGCUCAAAUGAAGAAAAAGCAUCCUAAGAUACACCGGAAGAAAAGGAAAGUCCCAUUGAAGUUACUCAAGAAGGAAGAGGAAGAAGUAGACGAAGAGGAAGUGGAGGAGGAGUUAUCGGAAAAAUUAUUGAUAAAAAUAAAGAAAAAGGUGAAGCAAGCCGCUCGGCACCCUUGCUUCCCCGUCAUGGGUAAAACCGCCGAGGAAUUAUACGAAGAUAUUAUUGGUGUUUCUUUCCCUGAGACUGUCGAGAAAACGAUCAGUGAGGAUUCUAUACUCGAGUAUUUACGCGCGAAGAAGAGAAUUUAUCCACGAAUCUCGGAAUUCUUCGGCAAUACCGAAUAAAUUGAACGUUCGUUCUACCCGAGUGGAAAAAUAUCAAGCAACACGGGGAGAAAAGAGAAGGAAAGGAAAAGGAAAGAAAAAAGAAAAAAAAAAAAUAUAUAACCGAUCGUGGAAUUUUUCCCAAAGCGAAUUAUCCGCGAGGAGAUUAGACAUUAGACGUGAUCAGUAAUUUUAAGUUUUAGAUUUAAUCUUUAAUAAUAGACGCUUGUGAAACGAUGCAGAUUUCCAUUUAACGAUUUCACUUAGCUACAUUAGAUGGUUUGCAGCUCGUUAAUAAACCGUGUAAUUUAAAGCGACGGUUUCUUUUGUACCGUGUAAUUUAUUUUGCCCUGUGUGGAACCCGCGCCAACUAGCGCGCCGGGUCCCCACUUUGCCAGAUAUUUAUCGCGUUACGUUUUGUUCCUCAAGAAUUUGAAUUAAAUUCCUCGCGAUUUUACCCCUCCCCCAUCCCCUCCCCCACUCUCCCCGGUGUAGACAUUAAAAUUGUGGGAGAACACAGGAGGGGAUAAUUUUGUACUUUUUGUUUACUUUCGAACGUCAAAACGUUGCAUCAUCAUCGUGCCUUACGUUAUCGAUAGAGACGAUCGAUAAUUAAGGGAACGACACGUUAGAUUUACAUGUAUAUAAUUGUUAGAAUUUUAUAACUGUAUCCGUCGGCUUGCACAAAAUAAAAUUAAAGGAAAAAAAAAA